CCCGGCGGGAAGCAGUCGUGCGCGGGGCAAGUCGGUGUCUAGUCGUCAGUCGGCAGCUCAAGCAAAGCCAACCGGUAAAGCUGAGCGUGAAUCUGAAGUAUCUUCCCAGAAAAACAAUGAUGAAAAAGCCGCAAGCGCAUCGGCAGCUGCGAAAAAAGCCUCCGCACCCCGUGGGAAGUCAGUUCCGCGCGGUCGCGCCUCCUCGACGGCGCAGAGGGUCUCGACAGAAACACCAACAUCAAAAGUAGACGCAUCAUCAAGUAGCAACAAAGCGGCGGAGUCAAGCAAGAAUAUGCCUGUACCCAAGGCUGUUCCACGGGCUAGCAAGUCAGUUGGUCGCGGUCGUGCAUCAAAAACAGGAGAUGAAACGACAGGCGUAAUUGAUGCUGUAGAAGCUGGCGCGACAAAAAAAGACACGACCACGAAGAAUACGGACAAGAUGAACAACACAGCUGCCAUAAGUAGUACAACUACUAGUAGUAGUAGCUCAGCCUCAGGAGCAGCAGUUGUUCCCAGUCGUCCUGUAAAACGAACGAACAACAAAAGGGGUGCUGCUGCUGCCAGGAUGCUUGAUGAUGACAGCGACCAAGAGGAACAGGCCUCGCAGAUGUCUUCCUCGAACGUGAAAAGCAGAAAUACCAAAGCAAGGCGCAAAGACCACGAAGAUGGUGAUGAAGGCCAAAAAAGCCCGGCUGCUUCACCUGGAACAGCAAGCCAAGGUGCCAAAAAUCGGACAUCUGCGACUCAAGCCAAAGGGAAAGCGAAGCCUCAAGCCAAAAAGAAGGCCUCGUCUGGUGGAGAGAAUACUACUGCAGGAGGUGGCGCGACAUCAUCCCAAAAAGCAAGUAAAAAGACAAAAAGCACCCAAGACCAGCAGAGCGAACAAAACAACAUAGAAGGUGGAUGGACGGCUGCUGAGGAUGCAGCACUCAGACGCGCUUGUAAACAAGUAAGCAUAAGGCAUACCCACUACUGGGAAGCAGUCGCACAGCAAGUUGGUGGAGGAAAGACGGAUUUAGAAUGCAUCGCGCGCGAAAAAGAGCUUCAAGCCGCACAAGAGGACGCGAAAAAAGCGCGUAGUAGAAGCGUACCUCCACGUAGGAAGCCAAAAGAAGUAGUAGAGAAAAAAAGCCUUGCUGCAAAUGACACACCUGCUGGUGCAUCGGCAGCACCUGUCGUGUCAGCUGCUGCAACUGGUAGCUCAACAUCAUCUUCUGCGACAGCAGCAACGACCUCUGCGACGUCCAGUGCAGUAGGUGCGACAGCAGCAACGACCUCUGCGACGUCCACGUCGAGUACGUCACAAAUAAAGCAGACUUCUCCAAAGACUUCCGCGGCAAAUGGUCAACAAGUAGCUGGCAAAUCUUCUUCCAGUACCAGUCAGCGCACUAUAGCUGGUCACGCCAUUCCGAAGAAGGAAGGGCCGAGACAGAUCGCUGCUUUUAGAGCCGCGAUGAAAGAUGCCUUCCAAAACAAGCCUGCCGAGGACUUUUUUGCUGACAUUCUGGGUGAUGACACGUCUCGCUCCAGUCGUGGAACGAUGGAGAGUUCCGAAUCUUUGCCCUACUACACCAUAGUGGACCAAGAUAUAGGGCCCGACGAAAUUGACCCACUCGGUGGCAUCGAUAUGGCGCAUCUACGACCAAAAGCUGCGCGAAUGCAGGGGAAAGUUGAGCGGAUGGCAGCCCAGCACGCCAAGGCUCAAAUUGUCAUGCCUAUGCCAUCUCCACAUGCGCACGAUGAAGACGGGAAAAAUUCGAAAGCUGGCGGAUGGAAAAUCAAAGGAAAACGAGACAAGUACUGCGACAAAUUUUACUACUUGUAGCAGUAGUUUGUGUCGGCAUUGAUGGUCACCUUAUUUUUUGGUGGUACCUGUUUUAAGCAGUAAAGUCAACAGAUCAUCCACCAACACGUUCCAUGAUUGUUGAAGAUCCCUCCCUUCUUGCAACUUGAAAUCAACAAACCAAACGUCAAUUUAGUUUCACUUACUGAUGUACAAGUACAUCGACUCGGAUGUAAAGCAUGAAUUUUUGUACUGUUCUUUCUGCUUCAAGGCUUAUUUUCACUUACUGAUUUUUAAUUGUGAAUGUUUGUUUCAGGUCCAGUGCGAAAUCCUCUCCAAACGCUAACGACAGUCAUCUGCACAUCCUAGGAGACAAAAGCGAGAUGAAGCACAGGGACAAGUUGAUGUACAAAAUCAUGUCUCAGACAUCUUCUUCUUCCCAGACAGGGGGAAACGGAUCAUCAUCCCAGACAGGAGGAGAGGCGCAUGAGAAAGGUGGACGUGAAAAAGUUAUGACGCCUUUAAAUUUGUUAGUCGUCGUGAAUGUAUGUAGUGGUGAUGGUCGUGUUGGCGAACUGCGACAUCGUGAGUAAUAAGUGUAAUAGUACAGUGAGUGGUAUCUACAGGUCGUAUUCUUCAACUAGUACGAAUACAACAAUAGAAGUAUAAUACAGUUAUACGACAAUAGUAAUAGUUUAGACAGCAGGUGGUGCAGGAGAGAUGAGUCAUGAUUUGCGCACAUGUUCUCUUUUUUGAUGUUGUCUGCACGACGACCGCGUCGACUCUCAGUCAUGACAAGUACUAUUUUGGAGAAAUCUUCUCUAACGUUCGCGGCAUAUCAAAGAGUAGCUUAGUACGAAUACAACAAUAUAUCUUCUCUAACGUUCGCGGCACAACAAAGACUACCUUGGAUCAACAGUUGGCGACCAUGGGAAAACUUUUGCGUGAGAAAGAUGCGGCAAGGGAGAAAGAGAUGUAUGCAGGUGACGAGGAGGAUGGGUGGGAAUUCAUGGAGGAUGAUGCUGCGAGAGGAAAGUCUCCUGGUUAAGAGCAGCGCCGCCGCCCGACCUAGAUCUUAUUCUUGAUCGAAAAUUUAGAGACAAGAUGUAGCUGGUGGAGCACGACGAGGAGCACGACAGUUAGCUGUAGACACUACAUAACAAUGGAAAUUUUGCUGAAAUUGAAGAACACAUCAUGAGUACUUACUAUGAGAUGAUUACUUAUAGUUUUUUUCUGAAGAUGAAGGUAAGCAAUAAUUGAAAUCGUUCUUUGACUCGACAUCUCAAUUAUCGUUGUAAAGUAGCUAUCCACCACCUCUGUAACUACUCGUUCUAUUCGACUUCGAGAAAAAGAAGAGUUAACAAGACAGAUUCUCAAGUAGCUGGAGGUAUUUCGAUUUCCACUCUUCGUUCUUACUUUUCACACCCCUUUGAAUUUCGUUUAUGACUCGGAUAUUAUGGAUGUUCUCGCCAUGAUUCUUCGUCUUCCUGAUUGCAGAUGAGGAGGCACGAUCGCAACUGAUUCCUUUUUCUCGAUAUCGCCAGGCCCAAGGGUUUGUCUCUCACACCAACGUUUUCAUUCCUUUCGCAACAGAUUCGCUACGGUUACUCAAAAUCGAAAGAGCAAGUUCCUUGAACAAGUAGAGUGUACUUGAGCUACACUCGUCUGCUUC